AUGACCGUAGCGCAUCGCGUGCCGUGGCGGGCAUCCAAGAUUGAUCCCCUCGCAGUGAUCGGGAAAACAACUAAAGCCUCAACAUUCGGUUCCUCGUUCGUUCUGCCGUCGAGUUCGCUGCUACGACCAUCGCCACUAUGUGCCGCAUACAAUGCUCCGUCAUGGGCCUCGCACGGUCGUCGCUUCUUCUCCGUGAAGGCGCCUCUUUUGUCAGAGAUUGGGCAACAUCAGUCUAAAGAGAAAGCCAAGGCGGGAUCACAACGGAAGUUGGUCAAGUGGUUGAUUAUUGCUGGUGUCAUUGGUAUGGGUGCUUUUGCGUUCUCCGAACAAGCAGGACAUGUGUUUGGUGCGGCCAAGCGCAGUGGCCGUGUUGUUGGCACACUGGCUGUCUGUAUCAACGACUAUCGUGUCACCCUCAAACAAGACGCCUCCACCCCCGAAGAACACGCGGCACUGGUUCGCGCAUGCCACAAACGCUGCGCCGAGCGCACCCUCCGAGUGCUAGAGAAAAACGGUUCAAUCUUCAUCAAGCUAGGCCAACAUCUCAGCAGCAUGGGCUACCUCCUUCCGAUCGAAUGGACCUCGACCUUCAUCCCGCUCCAAGACCGAUGCCCCGUCUCAUCAAUUGAGUCAAUUGGCGAUCUAUUCCGCAAAGACACAGGCCAGAGCAUAGACGAGCUAUUUGACUCUUUUGAGCCGACACCCAUCGGCGCCGCCUCCCUGGCCCAGGUACACAUUGCCACUUUGAAAGAAACCGGACAGAAAGUCGCUGUGAAGGUCCAGCACCCCGCGCUGGACGAGUGGGUGCCGUUAGAUCUCGCUUUGACCCGGUUCACUUUCUCCAUGCUGAAACGCUUCUUCCCCGAGUAUGAUCUGGAAUGGUUGUCCAAGGAGAUGGAUUUCUCGCUGCCUCAAGAACUGGACUUCCGCAUGGAAGCGCAGAAUGCGACUCACGCCAGCGAGUAUUUUAAGAAGCACUCCAACGCCCCAUUGGUGAUUCCUGAAGUGAAAUGGUCCCAAAAACGCAUUCUAGUAAUGGAAUACAUCGCAGGCCGCCGCCCAGAUGACCUCGCCUACCUAGACGCCAACAAAAUCGACCGCGACGAAGUCUCAGCAGCCUUCGCACACAUCUUCAACGAAAUGAUCUUUGGUGACAACGCCCCUCUUCACUGCGACCCUCAUGGCGGCAACAUCGCCAUCCGACCUAACCACACACGCUCCCAUCCAAACUUCGACAUCAUCCUCUACGACCACGGCCUAUACCGCACCAUCGACCGCGACCUGCGCCGCAACUACGCCAAGCUCUGGCUAGCAGUCAUUGAUGCGGACGUGCCGCGCAUGCGCGAGUAUGCACACAAAGUCGCCGGCGUGACAGACGAGCAGUUCCCGCUCUUCGCCAGUGCUAUCACCGGGCGGGACUACAGCGUGCUCACGAAGCAGAGUGUUGUUUCUUCGCGGACGGCAGAAGAGAAGGAUGAAAUCUCGGGCGCAUUGGGCGAGGGAAUGUUGCAGCAGUUGGUUGUAUUGCUUGGACAGGUUCCGCGGAUUAUACUGCUUAUCUUGAAGACUAAUGACCUCACACGCAGUCUAGAUGAGAACCUCCAUACCCGGCAGGGACCGAUGCGCUCGUUCCUGAUUUUGGCGCGGUAUGCUACGCGCACUGUUUUCCAGGAACAGAUGGAAUUCAUCAGAGAGUCUGGCGGUGUGUUUGCUAACUUCUUCCGCUUCUUGGGUGCCUAUGCCAAUUUCCUUCGCGUUGAGGUGAAACUGUCUGUAUAUGAAACUUUGCUGUCUCUCAAGACUCGCUUCGGGCUCCGGAGCGCCUAG